UUAGCCAGUUAGCCGCUGGAGGUCAGUGUUAUAGGCCUAUAGACAGUUUUGCCGCGCGCCCAAAGCGGGAAACGUUCUAUCAGUGUUGUCAUGGUGACCUCCGGCGGCGCGACUACUUUUACUACCCAAGGUACCGGGUUUGUCCACCAUACCUGGUUACUCAAAGACCAGACCGACUUUUUCGCCGGGGUUUAGGCCGAAAUGUUCUGGCAGGUUCCGAACGCGCGAAACAAGUCAUGCCGUUUUAACCUUUUUUUCGCGCGCCGCCGGGGUUUUAGUCCUGAUGCAAGGCGCACACCUGCGAGUCGUGUUUAAAACCCAUAAUCUAUACACAUGCUCCCGUGAUAGACUGUACCAUAUAGUAGCUCAGUGGCAUUUACACUGUCAAAGAUUGUUGGUCAGUGUUCAGGAGGUAUGUUUUGAUAUCAAACAAUAUUAGGCCACUGGAACAAUAGGAUAGGGAACAUAGUGAAUAUCGCAUGAGGAAUACGCUCAUGAUACAACUAAUGGACUAAGCGUCUCAAACGCGGGACUUCAAGCCUGGAAAAAUCUACGUUAAGGCAAACUAGGUCACUCUCUCUAUAGACAGAUGACAUGUCGGCGACAGUGUGUGGUGGGGAUACAUGUAGGCUAGCGCUAUGAAGCCGCCACGUGCCCUCGGGGCUUGCUGGAUUGGGACAGUUAAAUAUAUCAUUCUACUCCUGUUGUUAUUGACGAAGGUCACUGCCAUUGGUGCUUUCAAAUCCGAAAACCACCGUCCGAGAUUAAAAUGCACAAAAUGUCAACCUGGAUAUGAAGUUGUGAAAUACUGUACAGAAACUCGGGAUACUGUCUGCCAAAAAUGCUCGGAUGACAAGUUUUCACCUCGUGCCAGUAGGUGGCAUCACUGUCGGGACUGUAAAAAGUGUGCUAAUGAUGAAUACCUCACUACGCCAUGUACUGCCACUGCUAAUGCCAUUUGCUCGCCCUGCGACACAUUAGGACCGUCAACCACCAGAGAGGCUCUGCAGGAUUAUCUGUCCAAGUGUCAAAGGAAAUUAUACCGUCAUGGGUCCAGUAUGAAGAAGAAGCCAAAGUUGAAGAGAAGCAAUCCGGCAAAAGGGGACGCCACUACAGUGGAACCAGGCAAGAAGAAAGAUCUUGAUGGUCCUCAGUAUACUGUUUUUGCCCCAGUUAUUCCUGAGAGAAAAGCCCCGGAAAAGAAGGAGGAUCCCCCACCAAUGGCGGCUGCUGCUCCUGGGCCAGCAGGUGAGAGUAACUCUCCACCAGGCAAUCAAAAAGAUGGUGAAGGUGAAGGUCCAAUCAUCUUUAUCUCCAUUGGUGCUGUCCUGGCAAUUAUCCUCAUCUUAAUUGCUGUCUUCAUCUACGUAGGCAGAAAGAAGGGACUGUUUGGGAAGCGACACAUGUCAAGGAAAGGGUCGGAUGACAUCGAGGAACAACACCAGGAUGAGAAACCUCACUUCCUCCCAGAGAAGAUGCCCAGUGCUGAGCCGCUCAGGGAUGACAUGGAGCCUCUAGUUAUCCGAGAGAUUGCACCAAAUCCGGUCAUGUCAGCCCCACCUCAGAGAGGAAGGACCCACAUCCCGAAUGGAACUAUCCAGAUUAACCUAGCCAAUGGCCCAGGAGUCCGCCCAUUCGGUUCAGAGGACUUCCCAUUCAUCGACGAUGAUGUGGAGGAUGACAUCUACCCCAGAGGAAGAUGUUCACCUGACUCUGAACCCAGGACCAAAAGCCUGGACAGGGAAAACAGCAGCAACGCUACCUCACCUGCCCAUCCAGCUCCAUUCAAUUCCCUGCCAUUUGGCGUGUCACCAGCCGGUAUGAGGUCCUAUGAAGAACCCAAAGAUGUCUUCGAAGGACGGCUCAGUCCUUGCCAUUCCACCAGCAGCCACAGCAGUUGCUAUAGCUUACAUUCCAGGCAUAAAGAUGAAACAGACGGGGACCAGGAUGAAGGGGGAGAGUCGUCGCCAUUAUUAAGGUCAAGGUCACCAUAUUUCAGCAAUGUUGAGGACUUGGUGAGGGCAGAGAUCGCCCAGCCAGAAAUGGCACCAUUGUUGAGUAGCUCGCCUAAUGUGUGUGGAGAGGAGGAUCAUGAGGUGCUCUCCUCUGAAGGUUCUGAGGGUGCAGACGCACAUGAAGGAACAUAUCUCUAUGCCAAGGGGGAUCAGGGAGAAGCAAUGAUCCUUGAUGAUGACGUAGAACCUAGGACUUUGACAGAGUUGGAAAGACAGUUUGACCAAAUGGCUGCAGACUGGGCAGCUUUCAAUCAGGAUAAUCAAGGAAUGGGGACAUGUAUAAUUUUCGAGGAUCCUUCCUUAGAGACAAUACCGGAAUCACCAGAGUUCUCUUACAACAGUGCUGAAAAUAGUGUGUUGUCUUUUGGGGCUAAUUCUAAUGACCAGGCGAAUAGUGACACUAGUGGGGAUGAAAGUAUCACCAAACGCAUCAGGGAUAGUGACAGCAGUUCCAGUGGGAAUAUAGACUGUGUCGCGGAAUUCAAAACCGGACCUGAUAGAGAUUUUCUAAGGACUCCUUCGCCAGAUUUGGAUGCAGAGUUGAACGCUGUGCCUCAGGUUGGGGAUAGGGACUCUAUAUUUUUGAAUGCUGUACCUCAGGUUGGGGAUAGGGACUCCAUGUUUUUAGAGGAGGAUGCUGUGGCUGCACAAUUACAAGAAGAUAUCCUUACCCCAACCAACCCUCAAGGGGCUCCCACGCCCGUAAUGCGCGAGAGUGCAGACUCAACACGCACUUCUGAUUCCUUGCUGGCUACAAAUAUGGAGGAUAUUCAGCAAUAUUUAGGAAGCUCAACAGAGGAUGAGAUAUUCAUUCCUCAAGUCCAAGAACCUGGUAUAACUGGUUGUAGGAAUGAGACAGUGACAUCCACAGACUUGGAGAGACAAUUAUCCUCGAUACCUGCAUUACAAGAGUCAGAUGACAACGAGGUUGGAAGUGAUGAUGCUUUCCAUCCUAAUGAUUCAGACAAUAAAGACACUGGGGCACGAGGUUUCAAUGAGAAACCCCCGCUCCCAAUUCCAACAAAAGUCGUUCUGCAUAUUUCAUCGAGUGAGUCUUCGAGCUCUAAUAGCGAGUCUUCCUCAGAUGAAAGCAGCUCUGACGAUGUUGGUAACAAUGAAAAUGGCGUUGGGUUAAUUUUUGAAAACAAAAUGGUGUAUCGGUGACGAUUGAGAUGUUAUACAAGUGGUAGUGCGAUUUAGAAGGGUGGCAUUGAACACCUUAAUUAGAAGUCAGGGGUAAAGAAGAAAUAAUGCAGUACCCCAGGUAGGCCUGGAUGCUGAUACCAAAAAAUUAAUGCUGCCCUUUAGUUGUAUAUAGCUUUUGUUUCGAUUUGAUAUACAUUUUAUGAUAAACUUUUAUACAUUUUGAAUGAUGCUUAUGAUUAUUAUCGUAGGACUUUAGAUGAACUGUAGACUACUGCCCGAUAUCUUGUCGCUUACUGGAAGAUUUAUUUAAGUGUGCUGUCUUCCGGUCUUCGCAAACUUAUUAUAUCCUUUCCAAGGUCAUAACCUAAGUUUUCAUUCUCAAGGGUGGGGCUCGGAUAAUAUUCUGUUACAAUUUAUACCUUGAUCCUUCCAGAUACAUUCAUUGUUUUGGUGGGCUCGCGAUCCCGCUUCGUUUUUUCUCUCUCAUACAGCAUGUAACUCUCUUUCGGGCACUGGUUAAUUGGCUCGAAACUGUGGAGGAGUUUAGGGUAUUCCUGCAUGGUUUGUCCCUGGUCUUAAGGGUUGGUUGUGAUAACUAUUUCACUGUCAAAGUAAAGCUCUUCAUGCCUGUUAAGUUAAUGUUUGUUGGUAAAUAUAUAAGCAUGUUUUCUAAUGAAGGGACUUGAAGAUGAAAAAGCAUAAGUGCAUUUAUAGGCCUGGCGCAUCCAUUGGAGACAACCACCAGGGUCAUAAAUGGACAAUUCCAUUGCGAUUUAGACGUAACCUUAUUGAGGCCAUCUUUUGUUCUCAUCACUAAUAAAUGGGAUUAAAACAUCACUCUUCUGUUGCUUAUAACCUGAACAUAUUACCUUAUUGAUGCAGAAAAAAAGUAAGACUUUCUCACAGUCAUAUCCAGUAUGUGAAAUGUGAAAUUAAAUUGAAUUUUUGCGAUGCUGGCUGAUUUUAUUAAGAAUAUAUCAUAGUUUGUCCAGAAAGCUGUGAGAUUUUAUGUCUGAAAAUUGCAAGUUUCAUUCCCCACAGGAUCAUUUCUGUGUCGUGUCUCUUUUACAAUAAUUGAUUUCUUGGUACAAUGAAA